AUGCAUGCUGGGAUGAGUAGUUCUCCUUCCCGCGAGUCUCGGGCUCAGCACCGAGCGAACCUGGGCCCCCACCUCCCACAGAGAACUACACUUCCCGUGCUGCCUCGCGGCGGAGGAGGGCGGGGCGAGAGGAGGUGCGUCGUGCCUGCGCAGGUCCCAGGGCUGGAGGGUGGCGGACGCGCUGCGGUCCAACUGCUGAAGUCUCCAUGUGACAGCGAGCGGGCGCCCUCGUCCUCUCCCGGCGCCUCUCGCCGCCCGCCGCUCGGUGCCAGCCGCCAGCACUGCCCACUGCCUCGGUGUCGACCGAGACCCGCAGGUCGGGGACGACAGGGACGCUUGGGGUCGGGCCGUGCUGCCGGCGACCGGUGCGGGCGGGCGGCGGGCAACGCCAGCUUCAGCAAGCGGAUCCAGAAGAGCAUCUCCCAGAAGAAGGUGAAGAUCGAGCUGGACAAGAGCGCAAGGCAUCUUUACAUUUGUGAUUAUCAUAAAAACUUGAUUCAGAGUGUUCGAAACAGAAGAAAGAGAAAAGGGAGUGAUGAUGAUGGAGGUGACUCGCCUGUGCAAGAUAUUGAUACACCAGAGGUCGAUUUGUACCAAUUACAAGUAAAUACACUUAGGAGAUAUAAAAGACACUUCAAACUACCAACCAGGCCAGGACUUAAUAAAGCACAGCUUGUUGAGAUAGUGGGUUGCCACUUUAGGUCUAUUCCAGUGAAUGAAAAAGACACCUUAACAUAUUUCAUCUACUCAGUGAAGAAUGACAAGAACAAGUCAGAUCUCAAGGUUGAUAGUGGUGUCCACUAGGAGUCAUGGCAUUCAGACUAAUACUUGGAUGUUCAGAUGUUAAGAAUGUUUACUGUUUUUUCACAUGUAGAAAUGUCCCUUGUGUAUUUUUUCUACAGAGGCUUUUCUCUGGUUUUAUUUUCUUUGUUUCUAACUAAUAAUUAGUUGGAAACUCGUGUAAGAUGAGUUUCCUAGAUUAAAAAUAUUUUAAAUAAACAUUAUUACUAUUA